CGGACAUCAUUACAGUUCUCCAGUGAGACCCCAACGGCUUCAUCGUUAAUUAAGGAUCCUAUUCUCGUAUAGGAUUUACUUCGUUUUGAAGGAUUUUUUUCUCUGCCACUGUACCCGCUACACCAGCCAGAUGCCCUCACUAAGGGAAGAGGAGAACAGUGCCAAGUACUCCUAUACGGAAGUCAGUACGUUUCAGAUAAGCGAAAGAAGCACUCGAAAUAUGGCACCCGAGCCGGUCAAGUCGGGUCGUAUUUUCCUAGCUGCCGUGGCAGCGAACUUAGCCGCCUUUGUGGUUGGCACCACCCUCGGCUGGACAUCCCCUAUUGGACCCAAGCUCAAGAGCGAGGACACCUCAGACUCCCCGUUGAGCAGACCCAUAACUGCCAAUGAAGAUGCCUGGAUCUCUUCUCUGAUUGCCAUCGGAGCACUGGUUGCCCCCUUUGUCGCCGGUCCGCUGGCAGAUCGCAUUGGUAGGAAGUGGGUGCUCCUGUCCAGCAGCAUCUUCUUUGUCUUGGCCUUCGGCUUGAAUAUGGUGGCCUCCGAAGUUUGGAUACUCUAUCUCUCCCGACUUGUCCAAGGUUUUGGCGUCGGAUUUGUGAUGACGGUGCAGCCAAUGUAUGUGGGUGAAAUUUCCACGGAUAAUGUACGCGGAGCCACCGGAUCCCUGAUGCAGCUCUUUAUUGUGGCUGGCAUUCUCUAUGUAUAUGCAAUUGGACCAUAUGUUUCUUACCAAGCUCUCCAGUGGUGCUGCAUCGUGGUGCCUGUGGUGUUCGAUGCUGUCUUCUAUAUGAUGCCCGAAAGUCCGUAUUUCUUUGCGGGCAAAGGACGAAAAACAGAGGCCCUUAAAUCCCUGCAAUUCCUUCGGGGCCAGAGUGCUGAGGGCGUGCACGAUGAGAUGGCCGAGAUCCAGGCCAAUGUGGAAGAGGCUAUGGCCAGUAAAGGCACCAUGAUGGACCUGUUCAAGAAUGCAGGCAACCGAAGGGCGUUGUUCAUCUGCGCCGGUUUGAUUUCCUUCCAGCAGCUAUCCGGCAUCAAUGUGGUGCUCUUCAAUAGCCAGUCCAUAUUUGAAAGUGCCAAUACCGGUCUGGAUCCAGCAAUUGCCACCAUUAUCAUCGGUUGCGUUCAGGUUGCCUCCUCGGGACUUACGCCCUUGGUAGCCGAUCGUUUGGGCAGAAAGGUGAUGCUGCUGACCUCCUCCAGUGUGAUGUCCCUGGGACUGGCAGCCCUGGGAUACUUCUUCUAUAUGCAGUUGGUAAAGAACGACAUCUCCAGUGUGUCUUGGAUGCCAGUGCCGGCGCUGAUCAUCUACAACAUAGUCUACUGCACUGGCUUUGGGCCUCUUCCCUGGGCGGUGCUUGGUGAGAUGUUCCCGGCCAAUAUCAAGUCAGCGGCCUCCUCCCUGGUAGCCAGCACCUGUUGGACGCUGGGCUUCCUGGUCACCUAUUUUUAUCCCAGCCUCGAUGCCCUCGGAUCCUACUACGCAUUCUGGCUCUUUGGCGGCUGCAUGGUGGUGGCCUUCUUCUUUGUCCUGUUCAUUGUUAUGGAGACGAAGGGUCUCAGCCUGCAGGAGAUCCAGGAUCGACUCAACGGAAAGCGCAACUAGGAAGCUGAGAUUCUUGGUUUGCCAAUUAUCCGUGCGUUGAUGUCCAAGUAUUUUAUUGGUUAGUUUUAAGUCUAAACUCAAUUGUUACAUAUUCGCCUGUUAAAAGAAAGAAACUCUAGAAAUAAUAAUAAUGAAAACAAUAUAAUUGA